AUGGACACACAAGCAGGAAUAUCUCAGAAGGACAUCUAAUGUUAUCCCCGGAUUGUGAAAUAAGAGAUAAUGACAGUAGACAGGAUUCUCCAGGAGAUAACCCCAUUACCCUAAUUAUACAUCCAGCUCUAUCAGCUGAUCCCCCUGAUCCUGGGAAAUGUUCUCCUGAUCACUCUGAUAUUGGUGCAUCUGUUACAGCUCUGAGAGUAGAUACAGUGUUUCCAUGUUCUAUAGAUGCCAAAUGUUUUACACAGAACACAAAGCCUAUUAACCCACACACAGGUAAGGCAGGGGAGAGGCCAUUUCCAUGUUCUGAGUGUGGGAAAUAUUUUGCACAGAAAUCACAACUUGCUACACAUCAGCGAAGUCACAGAGGUGAGAGGCCAUUUCCAUGUUCUGAGUGUGGGAAAUGUUUUGCACAUAAAGCACAUCUUGUUAGACAUCAGAGAAGUCACACAGGUGAGAAGCCAUUUUCUUGCUCUGAGUGCGGGAAAUGUUUUAUCCGGAAAUCACAUCUUGUUACACAUCAGCGAAGUCACACAGGUGAGAAGCCAUUUCCAUGUUCUGAGUGUGGGAAAUGUUUUACACAGAAAUCACAUCUUGUUGCACAUCAGCAAACUCACACAGCUGAGAAUCCAUUUCUUUGCUCUGAGUGCGGAAAAUGUUUUACCUGGAAAUCACAACUUGUUACACAUCAGCGAAGUCACACAGGUGAGAAGCCAUUUCCAUGUUCUGAGUGUGGAAAAUGUUUUGCACACAAGUCAGCUCUUGUUAGACAUAAUAGAGGUCACACAGGUGAGAAGCCAUUUUCUUGCUCUAAGUGCGGAAAAUGUUUUACCCGGAAAUCACAACUUGUUAGACAUCAGCGAAGUCAUACAGGUGAGAUGCCAUUUCCAUGUUCUGAGUGUGGGAAAUAUUUUGCACACAAAUCAGAUCUUGUUAUACAUCACAGAAGUCACACAGGUGAGAAGCCAUUUUUUUUGCUAUGAGUGUGGGAAAUAUUUUGCACAGAAAUCACAACUUGUUACACAUCAGCGAAGUCAGAUAGGUGAGAAGUCAUUUCCAUGUUCUGAGAAAUAAAUCGGCUCUUGUUGGACGCAGUAGACAUCAUUCAGGUGAGGAACCAUUUUAAUCUUCUGGAGGAUACUACUUGUCAUGUGAUGUUCUUCAAGGUUCUUAUCCUAUUUCCUGUGGUUUUGCUAUAUACAUGCUACUGCAGGGUGAAAUAAUCAGCUGUCAUGCCCUCAUCUACCACUGCUAUGCAGAUGAUCUGUCUGAGAACCCAGUACCAGUCCUAAAUAAUUGUCUAGCUGAGCUCCAGGUAUGGGUGAUGCCAGUUGGCUGUGACUCAGUCCUGGUGAAACAGGUCUAUCAUAAGAUAGAAGCUCACCAACAAAGGGCAGGGCUACAGCUCAGCUUUACCUACCAACCAGACUUACACUUGGGGGUUCAGGGUUACAUAAUGCUAAUCAUGGGCGGACUCUUUGUGUCCUGGAUGGUGGAGUGACAGUUAGACAUCACGUAUCAGCCACAAUCAGAUCCUCAUCUGAGGAACAUAGCCAGACUCCAGCACUUUAUUCCCUCAGAAUAUCUACCUACAGUCAUACAUGUACUUGUAUCAUCACGCAUAGACUAUUGCAAUGUCCUCUACUUGGGUCUCCCAGCAAAAGAAUUGCACCGGUUGUAGCUUGUACAGAAUGCAGCAGCCAGGCUGUUACCUAACCAGCCCGUUCCUGCCACAUAACACCCAUUCUCUGCUCCCUUCACUGGCUGCCUGUAAGAUGGUGCCUAUUGCAUAAUCUUACUGACUCUCCCAGCCCUAAAUGACCAGGGUCCAUGGUACCAGAAGCAGCUUCUGCCUCCUUACUGCCCUGUUACUUCUGUCUACAGAUGAAGGGCUGUUACCAGCAUUACCAAGAAUCCCCAAGCAGUUCUGAGAUGUCAGAGGGAGACAGGGUGGUGGUAGUAGUGCUGUAAUGGGGGCUGCCGGAGGCACUGUCUCUGGGUAAUAUUAUCCUCAAGCAGUGCUGAGGUAGAAGUGGGGGGACACAGGGUGGCGAGCAGUAAGGGAGAUGGUAGCAGUAGUGGGGGGAGACAUGGCGAUUGGCAGUAGUGGGGGAAAGAGGUUUUGGGGAGAUAAGGCUGGUGGCGGUAGUGGGAGUCAGGGCGGAAGGCCGCACUGCAGUACCAGGGGCUACUGGAGGCAGUAAAGAGGUGUAUGGGUCCCGCACAGAAUCAGUUGAUAAUUAGACUUGAUGAUGAUUAUGCUUCCUUAUUUCUAAUGAAUCCCUUGUAUGUGUUACUGUUAUUUGCUGUGUCAGCCUUUAUGUGUGUUCUGUGUAUUAAUCCUGAAAGUAGUGCUGCUACCGAUCUCAUAUCAUUUGAAUUGACCUGCAAAAAUUGAGGAAAAGAUGAGAUAUGAGGUGCACUUUGGAAGCUUAUAGGGGGUUAAAUAUUAACGCAGAUGUGACAUCACGCAGCCCCCCGAAAAAUGGUCCUGGCCCGCCCACGUUUACCCCUCAGGUAUGUGGCCACAAUGUAUGUCCGCACGGCCGCUGCGCAUGUGCAUUUUGCUAACACCAGCAAACUGCUGUGGGCCGCUAUUGCGGCUGUGUCUGAAUGAUAUGUAUCUGUUUUACUUACCUGCAAUACUAACACGUAACUUGAAUUGUUUCUGUGCUUUAAAGGAUAUUUUGUCCAUGUUGUGUAGAGUAAUGUACCUUUUAAGUUGAAA